UUCAAUUUUUAGGCUUAUCGUAUUUGACAUUCUUAACUGCGGUCACGAGGACAUGCAUAAUAUUCGUUUAAUUCUCGCAAGCAUUUCUCGACACAAUUAUAUUGCACAACAAACGAAAAAACAAAAUAACAAAUCUCAAUUGGGAUCCAAUCCUACCAAUUCAGUUCAAUUUGUCGAAUUAAUUUCCCACAACCAAUGGUCAGUACUUGUAAGUAUGCUGGCUAAUCCAGGGCUUAUUCUAAUAAGAUAUGGUUGUCCACAUCCACUUAAACCUCCAUAA